AUGAAUGGUAUACCUGCAAUACACACGAACUACUUUUCUUCUCAUCGGACAAAAUGGAUCAAUUUGUAGAAAGACGUUUGGAAAUUUGUUGAUAGCCUUUAAAUAAGUGUGCGUUCAACAUCUUGGAUUUGUUCCUAAUGUGCGUAAUUUAUUAGCGAUUUGUAACAUAAAUUAUGAACUUGUGAUUUAUCAUAACUAGAGAUUUUAUAUACUGUUAACGCACCUGUUGAAGCGUUUUAGGCAGCACCUGAGAAGGGGAGUAGUAUACGGGGAAAUUUAUACUUUUAUAAUUGUGAUUUAGUGUAAUUGGUGCAGUUGCUAUUGAAUAUAUUUACGAUGUAAAAACUUUAACGACUUUUGAAUUAAAACACUCGUGAUUGAAAUGAUUUUUUUUAUUCUGGAAUUUUUACUUUAUAAUUCAUCUGGAAUAUAAGUUUAGAGAAAUUUGAUAUAAAGUUCUGGAAGUUUCAUUGCUUUUGAUAGUUAGUUGGAUUUACAAGUGAAUAAAACUGGAUUAAGAUUAGCUAUUUCUUCGAGAUAAGAUGGUACAGAAUUAAAAAGGAAAAACAUGUCCUCGAAUUGCAAAGGGAAAUCUGUGGAAUCAAAGAUCUGUAUUCUUGGUGGUGCUGGUGUUGGAAAGUCGGCCUUGGUUGUAAGAUUUUUAACAAAGCGUUUUAUCUGGGAGUAUGACCCCACAUUAGAAUGCACUUACAAACAUCAAACAACAAUAGAUGAUGAAACCGUUGCCAUGGAAAUACUCGAUACUGCGGGCCAGGAAUGGACUAUGCAUCGUGAUGGUCACGUGAGAUGGGCAGACGGCUUUGUUCUUGUUUAUGCAGUGAAUGAUAGGCAGAGUUUUGAGGAAGUUUGUAACAUUAAACAAAGUAUUGAUGAAAUCAAGAAAAAAUUUUCAAUUUUGUUUUGGAAAAUAAAAUAG